AUGAAUUUCGGCGUAGACAAAGAUAGUUCAUUAAUUGAUACAUCAGUUUUACCAAAUGAUAUAUUUACAUGUGUGGAUGAUGAUUUUUUUUCUAUUGUUAAAGCAUUAGCCGGUGAUUCAGUAUUCAAUAUUUUACGGAUACACCUAAUUAAUUCGGUAAGAAAACUGUUAUCUACACCUGAUGUAUUCGCAUUUUUUCAAAUUGAAUCUGAAGAAACAGAUAAAAUAAAAGCUGAAUCUUGUUUUAAAUCUAAAACUGGACAAUAUUUUGUUAAACCCGGUAUUCAAACCAGUUUAUCAUAUUUAAUCAAAUUAUUAAACCAGAAGCUAAAAGAAGAAUUAACACUAAAUGAAAAUAAUGAAACUCGAGAUACAUUUAUAUCUAACGAGUUUAUUGACAAGCAUCUGCUUUUACAAUCUUUAAUUAGAUGGUAUCAACAAAAUGACUCGGAAAACAACAACAAAGCAAAUAGGUGUUUAACGAUGUUCAUCGAUAUCGAUAAUGUGGUAUUCAAUCUUACACAAUCUUCAAAUAAUUUUAGAUACACUGAAUCAAUUAAAAAAUUUGCCAUAUGCUUAUAUAUUUUCGGUGGUAAACAAUGCUAUGAGUUCGUUCGUUUAAAUAUGCCUGGUAGUAUACCGCAUUUGUCAACACUUGGUGAUUUAAUUAAUAAAUCGAAUAUGACUUUAACGGAAGCAGAAUUUAAAUUUGACUCACUUCAAAAGCUUCAAUCAGGUUUUGGAUUUUGUUCUGAAGGUACUACUGGUGUCAUUCCUAAAGUUGAAUACGAUUCUACCAAUGAAACAGCACCAUUAUUGAAUGUGCAUAUGUUUCAAAAUAUAGCAACAGAAGAUGAUCCAACAAAUUUUCCGAAACCAGUUUUACUCUCUGCUUAUGGGGUUGACAACAAAUUUACAGCUAUGGAUAUUUUACGACGAUGGAUGUAUAUUUUUGAACGUUGUUUAGAUAAAGAUGUUCGCAUUAUCGGAUUUUCUACAGAUCUAUCAUUUCCCAUACAUCACAAACACAAACGCGAACAUCCAUUACAAUCAUCACAUCAAUUAGAUAAUAUUGAUACCUUAGAUAUUCAAAAAUUAAUAUCAAAUGCAUACGAUCAAGCAUUACGUCUUGUUAAACAUUCAAAAAUAAUAGAUAAAUUAAAUGAGCAUAAAAUAAAUUGUUUAAAUGAUUUAAGUAGUUAUAUCUUCGGCAUGUUAAAUAAAAAUUCAAGAAUGAUUAAUUAUUCUUUCCGAACACAAAAUAACACCACUGACGAGUUUGGAUUGGAUGAAGAAAAUGAAGAUAAUGACGUCAUCAAUUAUGCACCAGACCAACUUAUUGAUGAAAUUCUAUUUGAUGCUCAAAGCGACGGUGUUAGUGAUGAUGAUGAAAAUAUAUUAAAUUCAACAAAAUCAGAUUUUAAUGGAAUAAGAAUAGUUGAUAAUAUUAAUCCUGCUAUAAGAAAAUCGUAUUUCAAAGUCAAAAUAAAUGGCAAUAUUAAGUAUCUUCACAAACAAUCGGCCUGUUGGCUGCAAUAG